AUGGUGAGGUGCCCAAAUUUGGGGAGGGGGCGACGUGAAUUUAGGGGGGUGGUCAGCGGAGUCGGAGGGCUCCUCUCGCUCUCCAAGAUCUUCUCUCAUCGGUGCCGGUUACCGGCUGUCCCGGGCCGCUGCCGCGCCUCCAUCCCGCGCUGGUUUUUUGACGCCCCCUCGGGCCGUUGCCGCCGUUUCGUGUUCGGCGGCUGCGGCGGAAACGGAAACAACUUCGGCAGCGAGAGCGAGUGCCGCGAGAGCUGCGAUCCCUCCAGCCCUGCCCCCACCAAUUCCACCUCCCCAGAGGGCUGCUCGGGGCCGCCGGUGCCGGGGCCGUGCCGCGCCGCCUUCCCCCGCUGGUAUUUCAUUCCCGAGGAGAAUUCCUGCCGGGAAUUCACCUACGGCGGCUGCCGGGGCAGCGCCAACAACCACCGGGACGAGCAGGAGUGCCUGCGCCGCUGCCGGGCCACGAAAGGUGGGGAAAACGCCCCGAAAACGGCCCUGAAAACACCCUAA